CAUAAAAACCUCCUCCCGUUUACUAGAUCUGCGUUGCGUUUACCCGAGUGUUUCUCUCCCUCCUCUUCUUUAAACAAACAAUAAAGGAAUCUUUAACGGGUCGGGUUCCGAGUCUUCUGACAUUCUCGCGGGUAUGGAAUCGGAGACUUUGAUGCAACAGCAACCAGUACGCCUGCCUAAAUUAGCUUAUUCUAAUAAUUCUUCUUCCAAAAUUUUAACGUUGCCCACGGUUUUAACACUCGGCCGCGUCGCCGCCGUGCCGGUGCUGAUUUUCACCUUCUCUGUCGAUAGUUGGUGGGGGAGGACUGCUACUACUAGCAUAUUUGUGGCUGCUGCUAUGACUGAUUGGCUUGACGGGUACAUUGCUCGAAAAAUGAAAUUAUGUUCUGCCUUUGGUGCCCUUUUGGAUCCAGUUGCUGACAAAGUGAGCGAGCAGCUUAUGGUUGCUGCUGCAUUGGUUUUACUAUGUUCAAGACCUGUGAAUGUUGCCCUGUUUGGGCAAGCUCCGUGGUUACUGAAUGUACCAUCGACAGCCAUUAUAGGAAGGGAGAUAACUAUGGCGCUGUUAGGGAAUGGGCUGCUUCUCAGAAUAGUAAGCUUUCGGAGGCUGUUGCCGUAAAUAAGCUGGGGAAGUGGAAAACUGCCACACAGAUGGCUGCAUUAACCAUCCUUCUGGCUACACGAGAUAACAGGUUUAUUAAAUUUCUUCCUUCGCCGACAUGAAAAUGAUAAAUGCCAAACAAGCCUGGUUGCCAUAUCUGACUACUUAUUUUCCACUUUUAUCCCUCUUUAUGCAGUGUUGGAGAAAGUGGAAUCUUAGUUGCGUCCGGUAUUAUUUUUCUUUAUGUUUCAGCUGGGCUCUCGGUGAUGUCAUUAGCUGUGUAUGUGGAGAAGAUGGCGAAAGUAUU